AUGUCAUUCAACAUGUGUCACAAGGACAGCUGGUUGACUUCAAAGGCCCUCGCGGACAUCAAAAACACGCGCAUCCAGGAUCCCUCCAAGAGUGGUACUUCUGAGGUCUCUCUGCAGGUGACGGCUGUCAAGUACAUCCUCAAGAAGCUGGACACGACCAAAGUCAUCGACACCGUGGGCAUCACCAAAGAGAAGGUGUCCAAGGUGGCGACGGCCCUCGGUGACACCUUCAAAUUCCUGGAGGCCCUCCGCAUCAAAUUCGAAAGCGUCUGGCACGCUGUGCCGAUGGCCUCUCAAAUCUUCCGGCGCACAUUGAUCGAUGCGGACCUCAACCUGAUCUCCAACCUGGAAGGAUGGGCGGCCUCGCGACACAUCUCCAAGGACCUCGACAACGAGUCCAUGGGCUACGAGUAUGCGGCAAUGAUUUCGCAGCUUGAAAAAGCACACACAAACAUGGUGCAGGCAGCGAAAGCAAAAGCCGAGGAGGCUCGACGAAAAGCAGAGGAGGAACGGCGGAAACAGGAGGAGGAACAAAAGAAAAGGGAUGCAGAGGUCGCAGCUUUGGAAAACAAGGACAUGGCUGUGGAUGAGCUCGUCAAGGAACGGCUCGAGAGGGUGCAAGAGGCCAUCCAGGACAUGGAGGUGGAUGAUGUUGGCGAAUCCGAGAAGAAGCCCGCCGUGCCGGCCAAGAGUGACGAGGAACUCUUGAAGGAUGCAGCCAUGGCCAAAACCAGAGCAAUUUUUGACGCGACCGUCCUGCCAUGUGACGUUCUCUCCGCAAAAAGCAGGCUUUGGGUCAUCCCAACAGUUGGCCAAAGGCGUGGGCCACACAAGUUCGGCUUGCCACCCAUCAAUUGGGGCCGUCUUGGGUGGCCAGAAAGCCUGAACGAGGGGGACAUAGUCAUCGCACUCCUGGGUCACGACCCAUCCAUCGAGACGGCCACUCGUGAUAAGAUCAAGAGUUGGUGCAAAGGAGAUAUGAAGUGGCUGACGCCUGUGAGGACCUUGAUUCAGUCCUCGGGCAAAACGUGCUACGUGGAGUUUAUACUCAUCGGGCAUAUGCCGAAUGUCAAUCCAGAAGCACUGGAACUUUUGCAGUCCACCACAAAUUUCCAGACAAUGGAUGCCUAUCCGCACGUGGAUCUGCGACGUCCGGUGCCGUGGGCUGCAUCUGUUGACGAUAAGUUCAAGUCAUUGCUUCAUUUUUUGAUGCCCCAGCAAGCAUGGAAACACAACUGGCAGGUCUGCGCAUGUGCGGGGGAUGAGGAGAUGAAAGCGUGCCCCCACCUGACCUUUGUGGUCAAUCGCACUAUCUCCUUGAGAUCGAAUUCGGAGAUGAAGCCAGACUGCGCGACGGAGACGAAUGAGGCAGAUUCGGCAGAUGUCGAGCUUGAGAGUUUGGCCGAAAACGAGAAGAAAACGAACCCACAUGUGUUUGGCCAAUCGGAGAUAUUCUUCCAGAAACUCUUCGAGCACCUCACGCCCACUUGUGUCAUCCUGCCGGCCACCGCACCUGUCCCUGGCCUCUGCAUGGGCUUGCUCCUCUACAACCAGACCCGCCUGGCCAGUGGCGCUGAAUGUGCCAUUCUGGCAUUGCCGUUGGAUUUGGCUCCUCCGAAGCGGGCCAGGCUGCACAAUGCAGCCACAAGCUUGUCCAGAGUUCGGAGUCACUGGGUUGAGACUCGUGUGGGUGACAUGCUGGCGGCGCGCAAGAAAGCCGGAGCAUCUACGGAGGACAAAAAGAAGAAAGAGCGACAGCUUCAGAGGGUCGAGUCCGCGCCGGACGAGCACAUCGACCGUUUCGUGGUGCACAAGUAUGUGAUUCCCCCACAGGACCUGGGCCCUCCCCAUGGUGAGUCCGACUCCGAUGGCGACGAGGGCGACGUUUCCAGCUGCGUGACACCAGAGGUGGUGUCCCGCAGGAUGCAUUCGGCCAUGACCAAGACCGGUGUGGCCAUCAAGACCUCGCCAGGCAGUGAAGUGGCAGGCCUUGGCAUGAUCGCGGAGGUCGCUCUCAAGAAGGGAUACGAAAUCCCUGUGCGUGGGCCUGUCUACAAGGACCUUGAGAACGCUCUGAGCUUCACCACCAGGAAUCCGACAUACCAGGACAAGAUCCUUAAGUUCUAUGUUGGAGCCGAAGGCGACCAUGGCGGGCCUCUCGCGCACUACAUCGUCCAAACCGGUCUCUCUGGCUUUUGCAACCACUUCGCAGGCCUCUCCCGGCAGGGGAAUGUGAAGCUUGUGGCCUAUCCCAAACGGGGCUUGGGCGACAAGCUCUUCGUGCUGCAAGUGACACGCACAAUCACACCCGGCACAGAGAUCGUCAUGAACUACAACACCGUGCCGUGGUUUCCUCUUGCAGAGCUGCCGAAAACUAUCCCGAAGCCCAAGGCACGGAAAUCAAAGGGCAAAGCCAAGAAGGCUGAAGCCGAAGAGAGCAUGUCCGAGGAAGACGAUUUUGCUGGUGCUGGGAAAAAGCAGGCACCCGCUGAGUCCAGCGACCCACCUCCGGUCCAGGAAGACGCUCCAGGUCAUCUCCAGCAGGAAGACCCAGCUGCGCUCCAGGACGCUCGAGAUCAUCUUCAGCCUGAGAAGCCACAGAUGGACGACACCGCCUCCCAGCCACCUAGCCCUCCGGAUGCAAGUCCUUUCCAGGCCCUCAAGGAGAUGUUGGGGAGGCCCAAGAAGAAGACCAGAUCUGAGUCGAUGAAGGCUGCCCCGGCGAAGCCCAAGCGCAAGGCCAAGGCAAGCAACAAGCGCAAGCGUGAAGAAGUGGAGAUCAGCGACAGUGAGACUGAGAAUGCCGAGGCAGCGGAGAAACCCGAGUCACCCACAUCAGUGGUCAGUUCGGACGACGGAUCCAAAGAGGCUGAUCACGAGGACAAGUGA